GGAGCGCAGCGAGACGCGAGUCUGAAGGAACCGAUCUGGCUCGUCUCUCUAUCGGAACAAAUCAACUACUUUCUCAGCUCAUUCUAAUCGAAGACCGCCCGUGAAUGGAUUUCUCCCGGAUUUGCCCAGACUAUCAUGGAUGCCCCACCGUUAGCUGAGUGGGAAGGUUGUUUCUUGGCGCAGUGAGCUGGACACGCAGCGCUUGCUAAUGGAUCUGGGGAAACGAAUGAUACCUUCUCCCUGACUGACCAUGCCGUGAUCUUGCCGUGGACCGUCACCCUGUUUAACGUCAAAAGAAACAUUUCGGGGGAAUCUACCGAUCCAGGGAAUAAAUACUGUGGCAUCACACAGACACCAUGAAGAUUACCUCCCCGCUCAUAAGUAAAGCGAGAUUCAGGUGCACCGUCAGGCUUCUACUGCUGCUAUUACUAUGUGUGGGAUAUUCUCGCGGGAUGCCACAUGUUUUAAGAUUUGGAGGAAUAUUCGAGUCCAUUGAGUCGGGGCCGUCAGGUGCUGAGGAACUAGCCUUUAAAUUUGCUUUAAAUACAAUCAACAGGAACAGAACCCUACUGCCAAACACAACGCUAACAUACGACAUCCAACGGAUAAACAUCUACGACAGCUUCGAAGCCUCCAGAAAAGCCUGCGACCAACUAUCUCUGGGGGUGGCGGCCAUCUUCGGGCCCUCCCACAGCUCGUCGGCCAAUGCGGUCCAGUCCAUCUGUAACGCGCUUGGCGUGCCCCACAUCCAGACCAAAUGGAAGCACCAGGUGUCUGACAACAGGGACUCCUUCUACGUCAGCCUCUACCCAGACUUCUCCUCUCUCAGCCGAGCCAUUCUGGACCUGGUUCACUUCUUCAAGUGGAAGACGGUCACAGUUGUCUAUGAUGACAGCACAGGUCUUAUUCGGUUACAGGAGCUCAUAAAGGCUCCAUCUCGCUACAACAUCCGCUUGAAGAUCCGCCAGUUGCCAGCGGACACCAAGGACUCCAAGCCUCUCCUCAAGGAGAUGAAGAGAGGGAAGGAGUUCCACGUCAUCUUCGACUGUGGACACGAAAUGGCUGCCGGUAUCCUAAAACAGGCUCUUGCUAUGGGGAUGAUGACAGAGUACUAUCACUACAUCUUCACCACACUGGACCUGUUUGCGCUGGACGUGGAGGCCUACCGUUACAGUGGGGUGAACAUGACUGGCUUUAGGAUCCUGAAUACGGAGAACAGCCAAGUGGCCUCCAUCAUAGAGAAGUGGUCCAUGGAACGCCUGCAGGCCCCGCCCAAACCUGACUCUGGCCUACUGGACGGCUUCAUGACGACGGACGCUGCGCUCAUGUACGAUGCCGUGCACGUGGUGGCCGUGGCCGUGCAGCAGUCUCAGCAGAUCACUGUCAGCUCCCUACAGUGCAACAGACACAAACCCUGGCGCUUUGGGAACAGAUUCAUGGCCCUCAUCAAAGAGGCCCACUGGGAUGGCUUGACUGGGCGGAUCACUUUCAACAGAACCAACGGCUUGAGGACAGACUUUGACCUGGAUGUGAUUAGUCUGAAGGAGGAUGGACUGGAGAAGAUUGGAACAUGGGACCCUCCUAGUGGCUUGAACAUGACAGACCACCAGAAGGGGAAGACAUCCAAUGUCACAGACUCCUUAGCCAACAGAUCUCUAGUUGUCUCCACCAUACUGGUGGAGCCCUAUGUGAUGUUCAAGAAGUCAGACAAGCCCCUUUACGGUAACGACCGCUUUGAGGGUUACUGCAUCGACCUGCUGAGGGAGCUGGCUAGCAUCCUGGGGUUCACCUACGAGUUGCGUCUGGUGGAGGACGGCCGCUACGGGGCCCAGGACGAGACCACGGGCCAGUGGAACGGCAUGGUCAAGGAGCUGAUCGACCACAAAGCUGAUCUGGCAGUGGCUCCCCUGGCCAUCACCUACGUGAGGGAGAAGGUCAUCGACUUCUCCAAGCCCUUCAUGACACUGGGGAUAAGUAUCCUCUACCGCAAGCCCAACGGAACCAACCCUGGGGUCUUCUCCUUUCUCAACCCCCUCUCACCCGAUAUCUGGAUGUAUAUUCUGCUGGCUUACUUGGGUGUCAGUUGUGUGCUGUUUGUCAUAGCCAGGUUUAGUCCCUACGAGUGGUAUAACCCCCACCCCUGCAACCCCGACUCAGAUGUAGUGGAAAACAAUUUCACCCUGCUAAAUAGUUUCUGGUUCGGAGUUGGAGCUCUCAUGCAGCAAGGCUCUGAGUUAAUGCCCAAAGCCCUGUCCACCAGGAUCGUAGGAGGCAUCUGGUGGUUCUUCACCCUGAUAAUCAUCUCCUCCUACACGGCCAACCUGGCUGCCUUCCUCACUGUGGAGAGGAUGGAGUCGCCCAUCGACUCAGCUGACGACCUGGCCAAGCAGACAAGGAUAGAGUAUGGAGUGGUGGAGGAGGGAUCCACCAUGACCUUCUUCAAGAAAACCAAGAUCUCCACUUACGACAAGAUGUGGGAGUUUAUGAGCAGUCGGAGGCACUCUGUGAUGGUGAAAGAUAUUGACGAAGGGAUCCACCGAGUUCUCACCUCGGACUACGCCUUCCUCAUGGAGUCCACCACCAUCGAGUUUGUCACCCAGCGCAACUGCAACCUUACCCAGAUAGGGGGUCUCAUCGACUCCAAAGCCUACGGCGUGGGAACCCCCAUGGGUUCUCCGUACAGGGACAAGAUCACCAUAGCGAUCCUGCAGCUGCAGGAAGAAGGAAAGCUGCACAUGAUGAAGGAGAAGUGGUGGAGGGGGAACGGUUGUCCGGAGGAUGAGAAGAAUAAGGAGGCCAGCGCUCUGGGGGUCCAGAACAUCGGGGGCAUCUUUAUCGUCCUGGCGGCUGGACUCGUCCUGUCGGUGUUCGUGGCGGUCGGAGAGUUCAUCUAUAAGUCCAAACAAAACGCACAGCUGGAAAAGAGGUCCUUCUGCAGUGCCAUGGUGGACGAGUUGCGGGUGUCCCUCAAGUGCCAGCGGCGCCUCAAACACAAGCCUCAGCCGCCCGUCAUGGUGAAGACAGAGGACGUCAUCAACAUGCACACCUUCAACGACCGCAGACUGCCAGGCAAAGAGACCAUGGCCUAGAACAGGACUCCCUCUCUCUCUAUCCCUCUAACUCUUUCUAUCUCUCUCUCUAUCUCUCUCUGCUGUCACAGGGAGGAGUGUAGGGUGAAGAGACAUUGGGGGAGGAAGGGUGAUAGUUGAUUUAUGUGAGUGUAUAUGGAAGGGGGGGUUAAGAGAGAUGGGAGAGGAGAUUUGGAGAGGAGAUGAGAAGAAAGGAGAAGAGAAGUGGAGAAGAGAGGAACUGAGCUGCUCUGAUCACUGACUGGACUGACUGUCUGGCAUCGUUGUUUUGAAACACUAAGCAAGAAAUGAAAAGAGAUUCAACAAUGUUUCCUGUGGAAAUAACUUGAACUAACCUGGGAGCAAUUCAAUGUGAGUUACCUCAUUAAUCUACCUGGCAAUGCACCUGAGCAAGGAGUGACCAAGUGGUGCCAUGAUUUAGUAUCAAAAAAAGAGAGAGAUAAACCCAGGAUUCAGAGGAAAGGAGGGAGGGCAGGUUAAAUUGAAAGUAUAGAAUAUCAUACAUAUGAUACAUGUUUGGUUGUACAUGUUUGGUUGUACGUUAAAUAUUGAUUCAAUUUGGACAUGUGAUCUGUAUCUGCUACCCAACCACUCUCUCUCUCUCACUGAGUAGACCACAUGCAGAGAGCUUGGUUAGGUAGAAUCAGGAGAGCGUACAUCCCUCAGUCAUAGUUAUGGAGCAAACACAUACACAGACACUAAUAGAAGAAAUGGAGAGAAAAUCAGUUGGCGAGUGUGUAAAGGACGCAUCUCGUUUUUAUUCAACCAUAGAAUAAGAAGGAGAACAGAUGGGCUAGAAACAGCCAGUUCCAAAUGAAACCCAAAGCCCAAAACGCAUUGGUGAGCAGGACAGAACUGCUCCCAACAUGUACAGAGGCAUCGUUUAUUCAUAUGAUUCACUGUUGGAAAGAAUACAGUACAUUAUCCAUCAGGCAAUAGGGGAUUUAAUUUACUUUAUUUCAGAGUACUAACAUUUUGUUAAAUGGAAAAUGGAUGGAAAACAUUUUUUGAAUGAAAAAAUAUAUACAUAUAUAAAUACAAGAGAGACAAUUACCGGGUGUGAGGCAGUGAUGUAAUAGAGGAAUUAGGUGAUAGGAACUGGAAGUGACAUGAAGAGUUGCGGACAUGAUGAAAGUAGUAACCUUGGAAACCUUAGUAGUUUGAAUUGAAGGAAAGCAGGACAGCAGGAGUGGAUCUGAAACAACAUUCACAGCAAUCACACAACAUGAGGAAUUUAUUUAUUCAAGUAUUUAUUAUUUUAUUUAUAUUUUCAUUGACUGAAUUUUCACAGCAGCUGCAAGGAUACAGUACACACCUCAUUUUCAGUACAAAUUUUUUGGUUUCCUUUUUUGUUCAAUGUCAAGUCUCAAGUUUCUUUUUGUAUUCUUGUGGCUUUUAUUUUAGUAACAAAAUCCUCACAUUUACUUGUGCAAAUGCAAUUUCUAUGAAAAAGUGUUUUUGUACGAAGAAAAUCAAAAAUUUUGUAAUAAUUUUUAUCAACACAAAAUGCACCACGGAUGUCACCACGGCAGACAGCGAGCCUCUCUCUCCACUGUGGGCCGUGUGGGCAUCCCAAGGGAUAGCAGCCCCAUCUAGGAUAGCCCCGUCAGGCCUAACACAAUCCCCUCCAGGGGGUCACGAGAACAACCCCUCCAUGGACCGGCCUCACACCAAUGGGGUCUCCAGAGCAUUCUGGUUGAGCUUCAGUGGCAUAAUACAUGUUUUGGAAAAACUAUUUUUAUCAUGUAAAGGAAUCAUAUUUAAAAGAAAGAUAUUUUUACUUCAGGUGAAAGAAGAGUAAUGAUUAAACAAUAAUUAGAAGAAUACAUAUAUAUACACACAAAGAAGCUGAAGUGAAGAGGACUGCCAAUGAUGCUUAUCAUUCUACACCCCUGAAUUCCAAUAGACUGCUAGUUUUCAGUGCUGAGAAAUUGUGUGUAAAUGGUUAUAAAAACGGAAAAAUAUGUAUUUAACAAAAUAAAGAACACCGACAGUGGCAAGAAAAAGUAUGUGAAUCCUUUGGAAAUACCUGGA